AUGCCCCAUGGCAUUCUCUGUCUGGCGCAGCAUAUCACCCUCUGGCUUCUCGUUCUUCCAGGAUCAUUCUCAUAUCCUUCGAAAGUCAUCAUUAAAUCUUUCACAACAUCUUUUGACGAAGCCCAUGUAGCAGUGCAAGCCUUACAGUUCGCUGCUGAUGAGAUUAACACGGGACCGGAAGCACCGUUCAGGCUUGGAUACGAUCACUAUGACGUCGAGACUGGGUCCUCAGAGGGUUGGAGUGUGGUGAACAAAGGCGAGUUUCUUUUGUAUCCCCUACUGUUACAUCCUAGAAGCUGCCUAGAUCAACAGAGAUUGCUGGAAUCCCAGAUUUUAUCGUCUCUCAACAUUGACAGUUAUCAAUCUCUGAGUGAAGAAAGCGCUAGGAAGAAGUAA